AUGCCGUCCUGGCCCUGGAGUCCUCGACUUUCUCGAUCCCUUGAGUCGUCUCGAUCUCCUUCAGCAGAACCCCAAACCCCUACUACACCUGGUUCAGCAUCCCUUUCGCCUUGGGUUGAACCCGACUCCGACCAAGAUGGUGAUAAUGAUGAUGAUGAUGAAAUCGUAAACUCUGCUAUUAAAGAAAAGAGCGGGAAGGCUCUCAAACAUAAUUCAUACGACUCCAACUCUCAGCGGCAGAAUAAACUAAAGUCAGCCACUCGUAGUAAAACCCUGCGCAGACCUAUCCCUUCAUUUGAUGAAUUUGCAAAUUCGAUUCCAGAGGAGGCUACCCCAGGAUUGGUAGUGUAUGAGAACGGUGCCGCGGCGGCUUCGACUUCCUCCACAACGGCCGCCGCCACCACCAAAUCCACAACCACCAGUAUUACCACCGGGUUUGAUGAGAAACCCUCUCAGGAGAUUCUGUUCCCCGGUAACCCAGAAGAUUUCCAUCCGAUUGAAGAAGUCAGAAAAACAAUGCCUCCAGUUCUUCCUCCUCCUCCCCCUCGAAGAUCCAGUUCUCGAGCAUCAUCCCGCACCACACUUAACACACCGACAAAGGAAAGAAAAGGCAAAGAGAGAGAAAAGGGGAAAGAAAAACAGCACAUCGACACCGACCUACCGCUCUUAAAUCGAGAACUCUGUGAUAUCGAAAUGUCGCCGAAAAAUAUGCCCUCCGAAUCGAAGAGUGGCCUGUUAAAGGAGGAGUCGACGGAUGCUGAGGUUAUACGGCUUCGAAAGAUGUGUGAAGUUCUACAGGAGAAAAUCAUACAAAUGAGCCAGCAUACACCACCGGCCCCAACGUCGAAUUCGAGGCGUUCUUCUUUAAUCAUCGGUGAUAGGUUAUCGAGGGCGAAAUUCAAAGACAUCCCAUCCGAAGAGCUGGCCACCGAGGGCCACCGAGUUGCACAUGUCAUGCGGGUCAUGAAUGAACAACUCCAGAAGAAACUUGAACUCCGCGAGAAACUUUUAUUCCAAAGAAACUCCCACAUAAGUCAACUCGAACAGACGCAUGCCACACAGAUCGAAGAAUUCCAUGCCGCUACCAAAACUGAUAUACAGAAGAUGGUUACGGCCUAUCAGAAGGAGAUUUCUGAAAUGCAUCAGAGGAAUCUUUUGCAGAUAACAAAUCUUCGAAAUGAACUGGAGGGGAAGAUGAAGAUCAAAGAGAUGCAAAGCCACCACGAGAAGUCAAAGUUACUGUCGGAAAUCGACAUUCUAAAACGAAGGGAGGCGGAUCUAAUUGCAUCCCAUGAAAUCGGGAUGCAGGAGAGGGAGGAAUUGUUUGAGAAAGAUCUCGCAUCUCUGAGAGAAAGUAUUGUUGCAACUGAGGCCGAGUUUCGAAAGAAUUACGAGGCAAAGUUGGAAACUCUACGGGAGGAACAUGAGAAGGAAAUCGCAGAACUCAAAAAAUCCAUCAUCACACGACCUCUCGAUUUAUCCGACGAUGUCGACAGAGAUAUUGUCGCGCAGAAGAUCGCCGAUCUUGAAAGUUCGCUAUCGGAGCAUAUCGAGGAACUAACGGCCGAAAGAGAACGUUCUUUGGAAUUGCAAGUUGCACUCGAUGCCUCCGAAUUCUCCCGUCAGACCGAGAAAGAGAAACUCGAACAUGCCGUUCAGGAAGAAUCCGCCAAGCGGGAAGACUUUCAGAAACACGAACAGCGAAUCCGAGCCCAACUAUUAGCCGCCUCUGAUGAAAAACGCAAGGAGUGUUUAAAACACGAACGAGCGCGGUACGAACGUCUAGUUCGUGAAGAAAACAUCCGACGAAAAGCGGCUUCCGACAGAUACGAGUCCGAAUUAAAGGAACUCAAGCAGAAGAAUGCGGAACAAGUAGAACUUUUCCGUCUGCAAAAGGAGUCGAUCUUUGAGUUACACGAAAGGGAUCUUCAGGAAAUGGAAAAAAGGAUUGUAGCUGAACAAGCCAAGAUGGCAGAGUACGACACAUUGCUAGAAACUGUGAAGUCCUCUAGGAAAGAAGAUCGCAAGCGGUUCGAAUGCGAGAAAGCGGAUAUUAUAGCCGCUCAUGACAGGGAGAAGGAGGCAUUUGCGCAGGAAAGGCUUAUUCUAGUAGCCGCACAGACGAGGGAUAAAAAACUCGCCAAUGCUGAGAAGGAGGCCCUUGAGACCGACUUGAAGAGAAUGUCGAACAACUGCGAGGAGCUUCUACACCGUAGGGUGAGGGAUAGCAUUGGUAGUGCCAGUACUCGAUCUCGCCGGAGCUACACCAUUAGCGAAUCCGGUGCCCCGGUUUCUGAAGAAGAUGAGGCUGAGAAGCGGAUUGCGGCAGAGGUUGCAAAAGUCACCGCUUAUUCCGAGUCCCAGCAGAAGGACUCGACAGAAAAAUAUGAACGACAGACAGCAAUACUAAAGGCUGAACUUCAAGCCAUCCAAAAGCUUCAGACUAAGAUCAAUGCCCAGGUCGCGGAGGACGAGAAGAAGAUCGCAGAAUUGACCACAGAGCUUGGUUCUAAGAAUGCAGAGAUUGAACGCCAAGCCGGGAUCAUUGCUGACCUUGAACUUCAACUCGAGUCCGAAAAAGGCAAAUUCAAGGAUAUCCUCGAACGCAAUGUUUCACUUGAAAAAAAUCUAUGGGAGCAGAAGGAGGCCGCAAGUGAAGCCACCAAAGAUUUCCAAUCCCAAAUCAAAACCCUGAAUGAUGAAAAACAAUCCCUGCUAGCCACCAUUGCCACUGCUGGCGUUGAAGACAAAGAAUCCGCUGGCGAGAAACUCAAGCAAGCGAUUUCACUUGGCUAUGAAGCCGAGCUACAGGAACUCGAAGCCCGCCAUAAGGAGGUCAUCCAAACCAACAUCAAUGCUCUCUUCAAACUAGAAAACCUUGUUCGCCAUUUUGUCAACAUGUCUGGGGAACCACCGCGCUCGCCAUCAUUCAUUGGUACCCCGCGCACCCCGUGCUUCCUUGGAGAUGUGUCUACGCCUAUCACAGAUGUUUCGCCGAGUUUAACAACCGCGCGAUCGGCUUCGUCUGGUGGCAGCAUCAGGUCAAUGCCUCUUCAUGAACCCAGCUUUGAGCCGACCUUCGAGCCAACAUUUGAGCCUUCUACUGCAAAGGAAGGUUCUAUGGCCGAAGCCGAUUACGUUGAAGCUUUGAAGAAGGCAGAGGCCGCGUAUACCAGCACUACCAAGUCUUCAGAAGAUCGCGGCGAAGUCCUACUCGACAUACAGACCCAGAUUCGCUCGUUCAAGCUCCAGCAAUUGAGUUUCCCGGCCUCGAUCGCCGCUGCUUAG